GUGUGUUCCAAGAAAAGAGUUGAAGAAAAGAGGCUCUCCAAUACUCUUGUGUUGCUUGCAGAGUGUCAUAUUGUCAUACAGGUUCUUCUUUUGUUGCCGGUGAAGCGGACGGAGUGAACCGAUCGUGAUGCAAUAUUAAACAGUAGUCGUGCUUUUUAUUUUUAAGUUGCUCUCAACCAUCGUGUGAAGAAAGAUGUUUGAUACAUGAAGAAAGGCAAGACGCAGGAUGAAAUUAAAAGGAAAAGAUUUUAAAAUGAAGUGCCAUUAAAAGCAACCAUACGACAGUGAUGCUGUUGGAUGGCAGAAGUAUUUGUUCACACCUGUACAAUGGCAUGUGGAAAGGUUGCACAGUAAAGCCUUAGAUGAUGAAACAUAUAUUGCUUACCCACAAGUGGCACCUUUCUGCCAUCGGGAUGACGGAGGCACUAAUCGUUAAUUGCUCGGAAUGAAGUGCAGUGCAUCAAGCCGUGUGUGUUUGGCGCAAAAGGUUGUUGCGCUUGGAAUGUUUGGUAAAGCGAUUUGAAAUUCUUCACGACCCACCCAUGAUGAUAAUGUAGAUGAUGAUGGUGAUGAUGAUGAUGAUGAUGGUGAUGAUGAUGUACGCAACGCAGUGAAAUAAAACGCAUGCAGAUCUGUACUUACGUUGACCCGGGUAUGUGUGUUAGUGUGAUCGUUGAGAGAUGCCAUUGGAAUGUGGAAUGUGUGAGACCGGUUUAAUGGGAUUAGAAAGCAAUUUUCCGAGCAGUUCCGUUGUACUGCAGUGUUUGGUAAGCGGGGUUGUAGUGGUUGCCUGACGCAUACGGUGUUGAGGUGCCUUGUGGAUGGGGGCAAGUCCGGUCUGCUGUGAUUUCUUUUUCUCGAGUGCUGUACGCUGAAGCUUUCCUAAAACGUGACCCGUGCGUGGAGGGAAUCAAAUGUGUCUGUGAAGUAUAGAAUGUAGAAGAGUGUGUCGUUUUAUUUCAGAAAAAGUGUCUCGUUUGAGCUUUCUGCUGAACAGAUGGGAUCCGACGCAUAAAACCCGCAUCUCCGGAUACCUAGAGUGUACGGAAAAAAUCUUGAUUCCCAUUAUAUGGUUCAUGCAGUCCGGCAACUGAAAUGCGGUCCAGAAACGAAAAAAGAUUGUUUUUCACUACGUGGUGGUUUGGGGGAGAUUGUGCUUUUUGUAUCUUGUUGGUGUUAAACCUCGGAGCUUUGGAUGUAUCAGUGUGUGGUGGCGUCUCACCGACAGUGUCUACGGUACGGUAAUUGACAAUUUGUGUUGCGGUCAGCAGAAGCAGCGCCUGUGAAUUGCGAUCGCAAAAACCACGCAACGGAACAAGCGUGAACAGCAUGCGGUUUUGGUAAAAUAACGUCAAUUGUGUUGCGUUUUAUUGGAUGCAUUUUUUGAAAAUGAAUUUUUAAUAAAGAGGCCAACACAAACACUGCCAAUUCUGGAUAAAAAGCAAACAGGAAGUAUUUACUACAGUAAUGGCCGCGCUGCGCUCUCAGUAUGGAAUAAAUAUAUUUUUUCUUUUCAUCGUACACUUAAACCACGGCAUUACAAAGUCACUGCAAACCUUUUCGGAGGAACAGUUCCUGCUGGAGCUGAGUGACGAUCGCAGCAGUUCACCGGUAACGCGUCCUCCGAUACGCAACCGGACACCACCUUACCUUGGCAAUCUGCACCUUGGCUUUCACCAGCACCAGCAGCACCACCAUCAGCACUCAGAGACGAGCGAGAACGAAAUUUACGACUCGGACGAAAGUAAUCUGCUCCGGACGCCGCUCGACCGUGGGCCACACUUUGAUUUGUCCGCCUCGAAGAACAUUACAGCGCUGGUCGGGAAGACGGCCUAUCUCAACUGCCGGGUGAAGAACAUCGGCAACAAAACGGUGUCCUGGGUGCGGCAUCGUGACAUUCAUCUGUUAACCGUAGGUAGAUUCACCUAUACGUCAGACCAGCGUUUCCAGGCUGUACAUAAUCCCCAGACAGACGACUGGUCCCUACAAAUUAGAUACCCCCAGAAGCGGGACACGGGCGUGUAUGAGUGCCAGAUCUCCACUACGCCACCGGUCGGGCACUCAAUGUUCCUCGCCGUCGUAGAACCAAUCACCACGAUCGUUGGUGUGCCGGAUCUGUACAUCAACACGGGCUCAACUGUAAAUUUAACCUGCAUAGUGCGGAACUCGCCCGAGCCUCCUUCAACCAUCUUUUGGACCCACAACAAUCAGGAGAUCAACUACGAUUCACCCCGGGGCGGUGUGUCGGUCAUAACGGAGAAGGGUGAAAUGACGACAUCGUACCUGCUAAUACAACGCGCCCGUACCACCGACAGCGGGAAGUACGUCUGCUCCCCAUCGAACGCCGAUCCUUCCACGAUCAACGUGCACAUCCUGAAUGGUACCGUUCGACCGCCCUACUCGCUAACCGCGUCAAGGGCAAUGACAAAUACGACAGUGUUCGCUCGAUACUGGCAACAUUUCAGACAGUAUUUGUCGGGGCUACCAUUGUUGGGCUCCCCGCUCAAGCGGUUAACAUUGCCGCCCAGCCAGUGGAGUUUGCCGCUGAGCAUAAUGGUGCCCAGUAUUGCAUCAACAGCAUUUUUCCUGCAAAUCCACGCGUGGACCAACAACUGUCGGUGGUGACGGCGAAGAAAUUCAUCGUAGAACUCACCCCUGACCAGCAAGACAGGAUAGGAAAGGAUGAGCGGAGAAGAGAGCUUUGUUAAAAUUCGUGUGCAUCCAAGGCGGUGUAAUAAAAUAAU